UUUUUGAUUGGAUGACGCUCUUAUAUUUAAUAAAAAGAAUUGCCAAGCGUUAAGUUCUGUAUAUUUCAUUCAGUAAAAGCAGAGGGCUACACUUAACAGAUAGCUGUGUGCCACAUUUUAAAGAAUUAAAUAUUUUGACUUUUCCGUGCCUAUACAUUUUUGAAAUUAUGAUGUUUAUUAAAACAAACCCAACACUAUUCAGGACGGUUUCCGAGGUAUUUACUAGAGAUUCCAGGUACCCUCAGAAUCUAUUUCCUGUUUUCGCAAAAACUGCCUUAAUGCGCAAAAGUGUAUUCUGCUUAGCUAGUAAGAUUUAUAACAAAUUCCCUGUUAGUUUUAGAAUGUUACCCUUAAAUGAAUUUAAACGUAAACUAUUGACAUUUUUAAUUGAUAAUAAUUGUUUUUAUUCUAUUUCUGAAUUUUUGCUACAUAAUUUUAAUGCCCACGGCCUGAUAUGAAUUUCAAUAUUAAUUAUAUUAUAACUAAUUAUUACUCAAUUUCCCAAUUUAUGUUGAAUAUAGUUACGUAAAAUCAAUUUCGCAUGUUAGUAUGUAAGGACAUAUAAAUGAAGUUUUUGUACGCCAUCAGGCGGAGUAUAGUAGUGCUACAUAUAUCAUAUUGUUUACCACCACUGUAAUCAGUUUGACAUAUACUUACAAAUAAAACACUUUGGACUUGGACUUAAAAGUUAAAAUUGUUAAGUAUGAUUUUACUUGCGUUUUGUCAGAGUGGAAUACCUACAUAUUAUUAUUACAUUGAACCACUUUUAUCGGUUUUAUAAAAUUGUGAAUUGUUUACUUAACUGAAAUUUAUAGUUGUCAUAAAAAUAGUCACAAUUGGUUUGGAGCAUUUACAUGAAAUAAUAAAAGAAAUGGAGUGAAGUCUUGUAAAUAGAUUAUUUGGUUUUGAUAUAAUAAAACUAUGGAAGGAAAACAUGAAAACGAUACUUUUAAUUCUGUAUAUUAUUCGUACAAGUAGACCAUCUUGCACACACUUUAUACAACCCGUUGAUGCUUGCGUACAAUCCGAAAUUUGUAAUCAUACGUGGAUUCCUAUUUGCGGACAAAAUGAAAAGACCUCAAUGAGACGAACAUUCGGUGACUUGUGUGAUAUGUUGGAACACAACUGUGAUUUUAAAACAGAAUACAAGGAAAUAAGCCGAGAAGAGUGUGUAAAAACAACCACUACAUUAGCGCGUAAAUCAAUAUUAAAACUCUACAGGGAUAUAACUACAGCUACAUAUACGAAUGACGACGAUGAUUACCUUACUAAUCUUCCUGUAAAUGUUACAACGAUGUCCACAUUUUAUUUGAGAGCGCCUGUAGAAUCGACAGAGGCUAUCACAGUUUUCAGUACAAUCUCAGAAAGCCCACUGAUUAACGUUCUCACACAUGGGUCCGAAUAUCGGCGUCAAAUCACAGAUCCAUCACCUCUUUCAUUUAGAAAAAAUGAGCCAAUAGUUAGUGGAAUGUGUACCUGUGGUGCACCUAGUACUACUACUCCUACGACUACGGUUAUUUUGCCUACGGAGCCAUAUAAAGCAUGCACUUGUUCCACGCCCACUAAUACACCGAAUUCUACUAAAACUACUACUCCGACAACCAAUACAACUACUACUCCGAUAACCAAUACAACUAGCACAUCGACGUCCGCUACAACUCCCAUUAAUAUAAUAAGUAUUUUGCCUACGGAGCCAUUAAAAGCAUGCACUUGUUCCACGCCCACUAAUACACCGAAUUCUACUACAACUUCUACUCCGACAACCAAUACAACUACUACUCUGAUAACCAAUACAACUAGCACAUCGACGUCCGCUACAACUCCCAUUAAUACAAUAAGUAUUUUGCCUACGGAGCCAUUAAAAGCAUGUACUUGUUCCACGCCCACUAAUACACCGAAUUCUACUACAACUUCUACUCUGACAACCAAUACAACUACUACUCCGAUAACCAAAACAACUAGCACAUCGACGUCCGAUACAACUCCCAUUAAAACAAUAAGUAUUUUGCCUACGGAGCCUUUCAAAGGAUGCACUUGUUCCAUGCCCACUAAUACACCGAAUUCUACUACAACUUCUACUCUGACAACCAAUACAACUACUACUCCGAUAACCAAAACAACUAGCACAUCGACGUCCGAUACAACUCCCAUUAAAACAAUAAGUAUUUUGCCUACGGAGCCUUUCAAAGGAUGCACUUGUUCCACGUCCACUAAUACACCGAAUUCUACUACAAUUUCUACUCCGACAACCAAUACAACUACUACUCUGAUAACCAAUACAACUAGCACAUCGACGUCCGCUACAACUCCCAUUAAUACAAUAAGUAUUUUGCCUACGGAGCCAUUAAAAGCAUGCACUUGUUCCACGCCCCCUAAUACACCGAAUUCUACUACAACUUCUACUCUGACAACCAAUACAACUACUACUCCGAUAACCAAAACAACUAGCACAUCGACGUCCGAUACAACUCCCAUUAAAACAAUAAGUAUUUUGCCUACGGAGCCUUUCAAAGGAUGCACUUGUUCCACGCCCACUAAUACACCGAAUUCUACUACGACUUCUACUCCGACAAUCAAUACAACUACUACUCUGAUAACCACUACAACUAGCACAUCGACGUCCGCUACAACUCCCAUUAAUACAAUAAGUAUUUUACCUACAGAGCCAUUCAAAGGAUGCACUUGUUCCACGCCCCCUAAUACGCGGACGUCUACCACAACUAGUACACCAACAACCACUAGUACAUCAAUGACUACAAAAGAAUCUAAUUUAGUCCAUGGUAGAGCAUGCACGUGUUCAACAUCUACUCCUACAAUAACAACGGGAACACAACAAUCUACAACCUCUACAAGCACAUCACCUAACUCUAGCGUGUCUACAGAGGUGUCUAGUGUAACGACAACAGAUUCAACGCCAUGGAAAGGGUGUGGACAUCCUGGAUGCGAUAUUGUGGCCACCUGGGCGACCACUGUCAAAGGUGAAACGAGAGACUAUUUCCAGAUUCUUAGAAGCAAAUACGGCCACGUUCCUUUCAGAAGAAGGAAACAUAUUCAAACAUUGAAAUAUGCCACUCGUUAUCCUCCAGGAUUUCGCUUUUCAAGGCCUCGACGUCGUUAUCGCUUUCGUCCUUUGGGUCCUUAUAAACGAUUUUAUGGACAACAGGUUGCAGGCUAGCUUUCAUCUAUCUAUCACAGAAUAUAUACUUUAUGACGCAGAUCUUGUGGCGUGGCCGCGUGGGAGCGGUAAUGUCAAGGUGGGUAAAUUAACUAAGCUCCGAUUUUUAUCGGAUGAAACCUACAUUAAGAGCCCAAUUGCAACAUAGAGAUGUUGAUAUUUUAAAUAGUUAAAAUAUUCAUGCUUGGAUUUUCAUGCGUAUAAAUUAUGUAACAUUUCAUUGUCAACUAAUAGUGCUAUUGAAAGUAUAUCAUACAAUCUUUAAAAUAUGCUUGCCAUAAGAAAGUAUACAUAGCUUGUAUGGCAUAAAGAGAAAUUAGAAAUAGUAAGAUGCCGUAAGAUGCUUUUAUAUUCUGUACGAUAAUAUCCGCGAUUAGAAAAAUAUGUAAGAGUAUCCGGUUUGACUGAUUUAAUAUAUAAUGUGAUCACUUUUUAUGGGUAGGUUGCUUACAUUAAAAAAAAAAACGAGGUAACAUAGUUAUUUAU